UCGUUAUGAGAUUCAGGAAAUAUUGCAGUGCUUGGAAGGCAACCAAAAUGAAUACCUCCAUGAGACAACUGUUGCAAAGUUUUCUCUUAAUUGCCAUAAUAUGGCAUAAUGCGGUGGCAGUUCCCGAAUGGCAUACCGCCAGUGAUGGCAAGGAGUAUUUAAUUGAAAAGGAAUUGAAAUACAAUUGGCUACAGGCCUAUGAUGAGUGUGCUCGUCGCGAUUUGAAUUUGGUUGUCAUUGAAGGUGAAGAGAAAAAUGUUGCAUUCACUGCUUUAUUACGAGAGAAAUUUGCAAAACCUUCUCCUCUUUGGCUUGGUUAUCAUGACGAAUUCAAUUUGGCUAAAGGACCUCGUCAUUUCUUUUCCAUUUCCACCGGCCAACCUCUAACAUUCACCAAUUGGUUUAAGGGGGAACCUAAAAAUAUAAAGAAAAAAGAGCACUGUGCCUAUGUGGGUGGCAACAGCGAAUACAAAUGGGCCGAUGCUUCAUGUGAUAAUAGCAAAUAUGGCUAUAUUUGUGAAAAAGAUGAAUCAAGCACUAACUGUCAAGAUGACAUGAAAGAUAUACGCAAAGAAGUUAAGGCCUUGAAUGAGGCCGUGUCCGCUGAAUUUGCAAAUCACCGCAGAGAUGUAACCGAUAUCUUGGAAAACAAUAACAACGAGAACAAUCAAAUAGUCGAGGAUUUGGUGGCGGCAAAAAAAGCUAUAAUUGUCGAAUCUCAGAAAUCCAUAGAUGCAGUGCUGCUACGCAAACCCUAUUUGCAAGCUGUUCUUGCCGAUGUAGGAGAUGAAUUUUUGGCAAUUCUCAACAAUGCCUUGGAUGGAAUGAGCACUGUAUCCACCGAGGCUUGGCAAUCAAUACAAGUGAAUCAUGUGAGAACUGUUGCUGAGGUAAACAGUGCAUCUGAUAAUUUUGCUCAAGAUUUGGAGAGCAAUACCGUGGAUGUUGAUAAUUUGUUUGAUUAGAGAAAAAUAAAUGGAUUAACCUUUUUGAGUGGAAUAUAGGCAUA